CGAGUUCUGGUUGCUCCUUACGGCCACGUACCUUUGGACUUUAAAGCUCGUAUACUGCCCAUUCGUGGCUUCCUAGCUUUGCGACUUAAACUGAUGCGGGUCAUCACGCACCGCUCCGGUCAUCAAUGCAGAAUCUGUCAUGGCUUUCUGUCUGGCCCUGAUAUCUCGUCAGGCCCUGCUUCCCCUUGAUCGACUUCCUCACUCACAAUCUCCCGCUUAACCAGGAUUUCCUCCCCCUAGGUCUUGGCAGGAUUCUUCCACCUAGGGAUUUCUUGAUCUCCUUUGUACCACAGUAAUUUCUCGUGUCCGGAUGAUAAUAUUCGCGUCCUGAAGAGAGAGAAAGAGGGAGAAUCCCCACCCACCCGCGGGAAACUCCUUCAGCCUGGCGCCCCCCAAAGCGCUCAUUACGUCUUUUGUUUCUUCCCUUGAUCAGACUCAGAUCCUUCUGAACGAGACGGGGGAGUCUCGUGGAAUUACACAUAGCCAACUUCUCAAAUAUGACGAAUCGGCUGACUGAUCUUCGACUUUUCAAGUCCAUUCUUGCCGGACUUUUAAGUUUUACUGUUGCCUUGCUCAUCUUAUUCAACGUCAACACAAUCAUCUCGCCCAGUGGAUCUCAUCCGACAUUACUGAAAACAAUAUCGUCAGUAUCAUCCUUCAUUUCUACAACUGUGGAAUCGCCCUUAGCCACCGAGCGUUGCCGUCAACUUCGGGGAGCCGAUGAUGUCCUGGUGAUUGUCAAGACGGGAGCAACUGCGUUGCGUGAGAGAUUGCCGGUGCAUUUUCAAACUACUCUGCAAUGUAUCCAACACUACGUGAUUUUCUCAGACAUGGAGGAAGAAUUCGAGGGCCAUUACAUCCAUGAUGUGCUGUCCGGAGUCAGUGCGGAGAUGAAGAAAUCCGCGCACGAAUUCAAGUUCUAUCGCGAUUUGCACGAGAAUUCAGAUAGAGUGACUGAAUAUAUGAGAGAGAACACAGCUUUCCAAAGAAACGCAUGGCACCUCGAUAAAUGGAAAUUUCUCCCCGCUGUGGAAAGAGCUCUACAGGCUAAACCGGAUGCAAAGUGGUUUAUGUUCAUCGAGGCAGACACUUUCUUGGUUUGGUCUAACCUCCUUAAAUGGCUGGCCACGCUAGACUGGAGGGAACCUUACUUCUUAGGACUACCAGUGACCAUGGAGGGCCAACUGUUUGCAUACGGAGGGGCAGGAUGGCUGCUAUCACGACCAGCAAUACAGCGAAUGACACAUCACGUAGCUUCCCAGAAUGAUGAUUAUGAAUAUUUCAUAAACAAAACCUCAUUUGGGGACCUGAUUCUUGGUUAUGUACUAGAACGGGCCGGCCUUGGACUUACUGGGGCGUGGCCUCUUAUCCAACGAGAAACACCAAGCACGAUGGAAUACACCAAAGAGAUAUGGUGUUAUCCUAUUGUCACUUUCCACCACAUCGGCGCUCUUGAUAUAAAAUCAAUAUGGGAUCUUGAGCAGACAUGGAUAGCAGAUGUGAAAGCCCCUCUACUCCACUUUGACAUCUUCAACCAACUUGUAUACCCUCACCUCGCUACAAGGAUUGAUGACUGGGAUAACUUCUCUGAUGGCGAGGAGAAAGUGCUUUAUCCCAACGAAGGAUUUGAAGAUUGCAAGCUACACUGUGAGGAAGAUCUGCAAUGCAUGCAGUUCCGCUUCACACCAAAGAAAUGUACCAUAUCCCAUUCAAUUACCCUUGGCUGGAAGGCAGAUCCUUCGAUAAACAGCAUCUCGGGCUGGAUGAUGGAAAGGAUCAUCCAGGUCAAAACAAUCGUUCGAUGUGAAGGGGAAAAGUGGAUAUAGAUAUGUACUCGGUAUAAUUCCAGCAAUACUGUAGUCCUGACAAGUCUCCGCUUUAUGAAAGUGAAAAAUGCUUGAUAGUAUUAUAUGCUAAAUCUCUCUGCAGCCGCAUGAAACGCACCCUCCACUAGGCUGUGACAGUGGCAAAAAUAUCGUGGGAUACCGCCUUAUUGUG